AUGCAGUUCAAGCAAACUGGAAAACGCAAAAGCCGUUCAAACAGUCAAGAACAAGUUCUACAACGGACACUUCUUGAGCGUCGUGGAACUGGGUUAGAAGAAGCAAGUGCCCCGGAUAACUCUGAAUCGCACCAAGCAAAGCGACGAUCAAGCGCUCGAGACAAUCUGGACGAAGAGCAAAAGGGCAGUGACGAAGAUAACGAGGAUGCUACACCUCAAGUCUUUUGGCGAGCGAGUGCCAAUGCAGUCGAAGGUACUGACUUGUCUGAGCCGACAACGUUUGAAGAUGCUGUUGGUGGACCAGAUCAAGUGCAUUGGCGUAAGGCAAUCUGUGCCGAGCUGGACUCGAUGAAACUUCGUGGCAUCAAACGGAAAGCUGAUGGAUCCAUCGAGAAAUACAAGGCGCGCCUCGUGGCAAAAGGGUUCAAGCAGAAAUAUGGCAUCGACUACACGGAAACGUUUUCGCCGGUAGUCAAGUACGUGACGCUGCGCAUGGUGGUUGCAAUCACGAAGUACUUCGACAGGACACUGGACCAACUGGACAUUGUGACUGCUUUCCUAUACGGAGAAAUGAAGAGCAGGUAUUCUGCACGAUCCCAGAAGGGGUCGAAGUUAAUGAAGACUUUGUUGCAAUUUGAGCGCGAGGCGAAGAGAAAACGAAGCGGAGAGACCGGAGAGAACGAAGCAGAGAACACUUGCUCACUUGAGGGAGGAUUCGAAAGUGAUUGA